GGAUUUGGAUGCAUAUUAAAUCCACCCCUCUCUCUGCAAGGAACAAGAAUAGCCGCAAUAAGUCAUCAUCAUGGACCAACAAGGACUCGAUUCAGGCCCCCGCUAUUUCGCCGUGUGGGACUACGUCGUCUUCGGUGCGAUGCUUCUUGUGUCCGCGUCUAUCGGUGUGUACUCCGCUUGCUCCGGCGGCAAGCAAAAGACGGCCGACGAAUUCCUAGUGGGUAAUCGAAAAAUGGGUAUUUUCCCUGUUGCGAUGUCCCUGGCGGUGAGCUAUAUAUCUGCAAUAGCUGUAAUAUCAAUGCCUGGUGAGAUCUAUGUAUACGGGACUAUGUUUUCCUGGAUAAUGGUGACAGAUGCCCUAGGAGAUGUCUUGUUUUGUCGCCUUUUCCUGCCCACUUUCCUUAGAAUAAACGUCAUUAGUAUUUAUGAGUUUUUUGAAAUGCGUUUCAACAAAGCCUUACGACUGAUAACAAACAUAGCUUUUUCAUCUUUUACGCUCUUCUAUUUGGGAUCUGUGGUCUACACACCUGCAAUAGCGUUGAAUGCAGUUACUGGAUUUGAUAUGUGGACAUGUAUGCUAUCGACUGGAGUAGUGUGUAUAUUUUAUACAUCAGUGGGUGGUUUGAAGGCAGUCGUGUGGACAGACACCCUCCAAGGAAUCAUCAUGAUCGUCGGUGUCGUCGCCCUAAUCAUCAAAGGGACCAUGGUGGUCGGCGGUCUCGACAAAGUUUGGCAAAUUGCUGAACAGGGCGAUCGGAUCCAGUUUCUAGAGGGGAACCCCGAUCCGAGGAUCCUAUAUACACUGUGGACUAUGUUGAUAGGAGGUACCAUUACCGAGGCAAGACCAAACCAAAUAGAGGUUCAACGCCUUAUUGCUUGUGGAACCAAGCCCAGGGCCAUACAGGCCUUGUUCCUCGCGGUCCUCUUAAAGGGGAUAAUACUUUCCCUAUGCAUCUUCUCUGGAUUGGUUAUGUACGCCUACUACGUAAACUGCGACCCAUGGAAAUCGAAGGUCGUCUCGUCACGUGACCAGAUAAUGCCUCUCUUUGUGAUGGAGAUGUUUGCCGAAAUUCCCGGAUUGCCUGGUGUAUUUCUAGCAUCAGUUGUCAGUGCAUCUCUGAGCACGCUAUCGUCUGGAGUAAAUGCACUAGCAGCUAUCACGGCAGAAGAUGGCGUGAAAGCAAUAUGGCCGAAUAUUAGUGAGCGAAACUACGCCAGAGUAGCCAAGAUAUUAGCUCUUGUGUACGGCAUGUUGGCGAUUGGGUUUUCAUUUUGUAUUAGUUUCAUGCAGUCCGGAAUCUUACAGUUUACCGUCAGCAUGGUCGGGGUGAUCUCUGGCGGGUUCCUAGGUGUCUUUAUCUUAGCUGUAUUCGUACAUCGUUGUAAUUCAAAGGGGGCUGUUACUGGGUUCGUAGCCAGUUUCAUUGUCAUGGUCUGGAUCAAGGUAGGAUCAAUCAUAUACCCCUCAUCAAGGGGGCAACUGCCUUUAUCGAUUGAAGGUUGUCCAGUACCCAAUGGCACAUACACGACCUACACCAUCCCAACCACAGAAUGGACUACGGCAACACUCCCAGGCUCAACCCAGGAAACCAUCUCUGAGGAAUUGCCAGCAAUUACCAACUUGUAUCAUAUUUCAUUUCUUUACUAUGGACUUAUCGGAAGCAUUGUGUGUAUAAUCACAUCAAUGAUCGUCAGUUAUCUAACAGGUUUCCAAGAUCCUGAAUUGAUUGAUAAUCGCCUGAAGAAUCACUUGACAGACGCCCUCUUCUGUUGUUUCCCCGGAAGUCUCAAACGGCGCAUGCGGUGUGGUAUUGACGAGAUCAACUAUGAAGAGGAUGAUAAAUUACCAGUCGUUCAGGAAGAAAUGAGAGAGGUCUACAACAAGAAAGAUGAGUUGGAUCAUGUUAAUGAUCAAGACAACGAAUCCAUUAAUGGACAUGCUGGACCAACAACAGAUGCCAUGAAUGCCAUCUAGGAAGGGGAAAACAUAGCUCAAUGAUAUCAUUUUAGCAACCAUAGAAGUAUCACGCCUAUAAAAAAACGUCUUAACACAUUGAUUAUCACACGCCCUGCCGUAGGCGGCGAUCACGGGGGGUGGGUGUCCGCCUCAAUGUUCAAGGGGGAGUUUCCCUUCUCCCAAUUCUUGGGGAAUAUUUUUUUUUUUUUUUUUUUUGGGGGGGGGGUUAAAGAGUUUGUAUCUGCCACCGGUCCAAAAAGUAAACUUGAUCAGAAUAAACACUUGAAGUUCGUCAAUGCUAAGAAGGAAGAGAGUGUUUGCCGCCUUUUGGGCGUACCCGACAAUAGCCGCCCUAAAUAAACAACGGGUUAUGUGAUUUGCGUGUAAUAACGUACAUACUAAUUACGUGAUUCCGCCGGUCAACGCGUUACAUUAAAUUGACGCUACUGCCUCCGGCUGGCUACUUACAUUAAUUUGUAGUCAUAUGAAUUUAUUUUCAGGCCUAGCUAUAUAUUGGACUAGUAAUGCAUAUACAUACCUUGUAGUAUGAUAUGUAAUUAUGUAAAUAAAACAAAUAUAUUUCUGGAGAUUCCAUGGAGGUACUUCUUUCUUCUUUUUAAUUGAGUAUUUGAAUAUAAAACGGCCCAAGUCAAUUUUUUUGCGAAAUUGAUUUUAAUAUGGGAAAUUGUUCCUUAUACAAUGAUUCAUGUUGUGUUUAAAUGAUAAAUCUGAAAUCAUCUCAGUAAUGCCUUAAAUAAAGUAGGAAUAUCUGGUAUGAGUGUAAGAAAAGCCCAAGUCUAGGACUUGGGUUUUUCUUACAUUUAUAUCAUAGCGCCCUCUCUCAUUUCUUGUACUAGCUACAGAAGUCUACCAUGUAUAUGAAUAUAAGAAUGGCCCCCGCCCACAAGUAACGUGAAUAUUAAUGUUCAUAGAAAAUACACUUAUAUUUGUUUAAUGAUGUUCUCUGAUUUUUUUUGGCCAAUCAUAUACUUCAAUUACCCAAAUAAAAAAAAUAUAUCAUUUUUUUCCGAUUUUCUCGAAAUGACUUCUUUUAGACUUUGGCCCUUUUUACUCAGGUGUUCAAUCGAAGAUAUGGAGAAUAUAAUUUAUGUAAGGAGCGCUUGAAUUCGAAAGGCACAUAAUUACAACAAAAUUACUGUCACUCUGGUCAAUGAAGGGAAAAGGGCAUAUACAAGUACUACCUGUCAAAACUAACAACCAAUGUUAUCACAAGAAAACGGUGAAUCAUUUAAGUAUUGCACUACGCCUUUUCCAGGUGAAUUUAUCUAUAACACAGAGUGCAAUUAAAUAGCAGAAUCGAAUGAUGAGAGCUGUACAGGGGAGGGUGAAAUCACGUAGCCUGGCGUAUAUCACUGUAGAUAUCGAUCACGUCGAUGGGAUAGCGCCAUCAUCUCUAAAGCCAACAAACCAACCAACAAUACAAAGAACUAUGCCUAUCCAUUCACAUUGAGUGUUUUCACUUUAACACUAUAUUCUAGUAUAUAGAGGGGCGUGAUGUAUCAUUUAUAUUUAGACUAAUGUUUAUGCAUUAUUGUGAUAGUAUUCGAAUGUGACUCCAAUUUUGUUGUAAGGUAGAUUUGGUCCAAAAGAUAUGAAUGUAUCAUUUUGUACAUUUUGUGUAAACAAUUGGGUAUUCCAAAAUUUAUGUCUGAUUUAACAUCACUUAUCCUGUUAGCUCCAGGCAAAUUGAAGUAAAAUGGUUCGUAAUAUUAGAUGGAAUUGCACAAUUAUCCAUAUGCCUUUUGUAAUAGUAAUAUACAUAUGGCAUGCAUGUAAACAUGGUAAACAUUUAUUUUCUUAAUGAACUAAUAUUUUUAAACCAUGGGUUAUCGAUAUCAUACUUUCACAGCUCCAUGCUCUUAGAAUUCAAAUAAAUACAUAAACAAGCAAUAAAAACACCCCACCUGUCUAUCUAAUUAUUUCAGAGAACCCCAUAAAAGGGUAACUCCAGAAUUUACUAAGUUGCGGAAACGUUUGUACAAUAUCAUCGGAUUGUAAUCGAGCUAGUGUAUUUUCCUCUCGUUGUAAAGAACAAACUCUUGUUCCAUAAAGAUGAAAUAUAUGUCUUAAAUAUCGAAUAUUAUUGAACAUAUCGUUUUAGACAAGAGAUACAAAACAUGUUUUCCAAUCCGUUUGUAAACAAGCAUU